GACGCCGCGCCGCUUGGAUACUGCUGCGCAUGCGCAGGCGGACCAGUCGCUGAAUAUUCACGGUCGCCGCCUCCGCCGAGGUCGACCCUGGAUUUGAGUCUCGCGCUCUCUUCGUUCGCUUACCGGCGGGUUCCCUCCCCUUCUCGCGCCCUGAGACGGCGAGGCUGGGGAAGGGGUUGAAAGGGGCUGUUGAUCGUCGCCUUUAACUUGUUCGUGGGGCGGCCAUGUCGGCCGGCGAGGUGGAGCGUCUGGUGGAGCUGAGCGGCGGGACCGGAGGGGAUGAGGAGGAAGAGUGGCUGUAUGGCGGCCCGUGGGACGUGCAUGUGCACAGUGAUUUGGCAAAGGAUCUAGAUGAAAAUGAAGUUGAAAGGCCAGAAGAAGAAAAUGCCAGUGCUAAUCCUCCUUCUGGAAUUGAAGAGGAAGCUGCUGAAAAUGGCGUGGCGAAACCGAAAGUGACUGAGACUGAAGACGACAGUGAUAGUGACAGUGACGAUGAUGAAGAUGACGUUCACGUAACUAUUGGAGACAUCAAAACGGGAGCGCCACAGUAUGGGAGUUAUGGAACGGCACCAGUAAAUCUUAAUAUCAAGGCAGGGGGAAGAGUUUAUGGAAAUACAGGAACCAAAGUCAAAGGAGUAGACCUCGAUGCCCCUGGCAGCAUUAAUGGAGUUCCACUCUUGGAAGUAGAUUUGGAUUCUUUUGAAGAUAAACCAUGGCGGAAACCUGGUGCUGAUCUUUCCGAUUAUUUUAAUUAUGGCUUUAAUGAAGAUACUUGGAAAGCUUACUGUGAAAAACAAAAGAGGAUCCGAAUGGGACUGGAAGUUAUACCUGUUACUUCAACGACAAACAAGAUUACGGCCGAAGACUGUACUAUGGAAGUUACACCAGGUGCAGAGAUCCAAGAUGGCAGAUUCAAUCUUUUUAAGGUACAGCAAGGGAGAACUGGAAAUUCAGAGAAAGAAGCAGCACUUCCAUCUACAAAAGCUGAGUUUACUUCUCCGCCAUCAUUGUUCAAGACUGGUCUGCCACCAAGCAGAAACAGCACCUCUUCUCAGUCUCAGACAAGUACUGCCUCCAGAAAAGCCAGUUCAAGCGUUGGGAAGUGGCAGGAUCGAUAUGGGAGGGCCGAGUCACCUGAUCUAAGGAGAUUACCUGGAGCAAUCGAUGUCAUUGGUCAAACAAUAACCAUCAGCCGAGUAGAAGGAAGACGGCGUGCAAAUGAGAACAGCAAUAUACAGGUUCUUUCUGACAGAUCUGCCACUGAAGUAGACAACAAUUUCAGCAAACCACCUCCAUUUUUCCCUCCAGGGGCUCCUCCUACUCACCUUCCUCCUCCUCCAUUUCUUCCACCUCCUCCAACUGUCAGCACUGCUCCACCUUUGAUUCCACCACCAGGUAUUCCAAUAACUGUACCACCUCCAGGUUUCCCCCCUCCACCAGGCGCUCCACCUCCAUCUCUUAUACCAACAAUAGAAAGUGGCCAUUCCUCUGGUUACGACAGCCGUUCUGCACGGGCGUUUCCAUAUGGCAAUGUUGCCUUUCCCCACCUUACCAGUUCCGCUCCCUCAUGGCCUAGCCUUGUGGAUACCACUAAGCAGUGGGACUAUUAUGCACGGAGAGAAAAAGACCGAGAUCGAGACCGAGAGAGAGACCGAGACAGAGAAAGGGAGCGAGACCGGGACAGAGAAAGGGAGCGCACCCGGGAGCGAGAGCGGGAGCGGGACCACAGCCCCACCCCAAGUGUUUUCAACAGUGAUGAAGAGCGAUACAGAUACAGGGAGUAUGCAGAGAGAGGCUAUGAGCGCCACAGAGCUAGUCGGGAGAAAGAAGAGCGGCACAGAGAACGGCGGCACAGAGAGAAGGAGGAAACAAGACACAAGUCCUCUCGCAGUAAUAGUAGACGUCGUCAUGAAAGUGAAGAAGGGGACAGUCACAGAAGACACAAGCACAAAAAGUCUAAAAGAAGCAAAGAAGGAAAAGAGGCUGGCAGUGAGCCGGUCCCUGAGCAGGAGAGCACGGAAGCUGCCCCUGCCGAGUAGGCGCCACCUCUUAUGUACGUGUGCCCCAGAAAUAGAUGCUAUAAAUCUCCUUAUUUUUCUGGAUAAUGUUUAAGAAAUGUACCUUUAAUCUUGUUCUGUUAGAAUGAAACGUUAACUUUUUCUUUUCCAAAAUAAAAAUGUGCAUUUUUUUGUGUUAAGUUAAAAAUCUUUGUCUUGUAAUAUUUAAAGAAAAAAAGACAAAUUACUUUAUAUCUAAGAAAGUAAUGUGAAUAAGCCAGCAGGGGACUUAGUGCUAAGGUUGGCCAUGUGUGCACAGUGUGGUGAAGAUCAAGGACUCACUAGCUUUCUAGUUAGCGGGACGCUGUUGGCAGGAGAGGUGCUGUGGUGCAGAAGCCCCCUCUUGAUGUGAAGUCAGGCUUCCUCUUACUGCUGUCACACUCCUGCAUCUUUAAGAACUUGGACACAUUCUUAUUAUCACAGUUUUUGAUAGCAGGUUUUCAGUGUUCUGAAUUUGGGUCCAUAGUAACUAAAUGGACUAUUUGAAUCUCUAAAUUUAGAAAUGGUCUGAGGCACUUGGGUGGCCCCUAUGAUGGAACUUGUGUGCUUCCCAGCAGGCACAUGGACUGGCACAGCAUCAAACCACUUCAUGGCCAUCUGUUUGAACAAGGGUCAAGGGGCUUCGGUUGCUGCUAACAUGUUUUCCAAGGCUCAUUGGUAGCAUAGAACGUGGGGUAUUUUUUUAAAUACCAGGUCCAUAUUAAUAAAAAAUAAACUCAGUGAGAGUAGUGUCAGAUCAGUCAUUCUUACUAAAACCAGAACUCCAGGUUGAAAUCUGGACUAACCCCAAGAAGGUUCUAGAGCAGCGGUGGGGCUGGGAAUGUGUGUGAAAGGACGAGGCAGUUAGAGCCACCAGUAAGAGGACUGCUGUCACUUAGAAGAAGAUAUUCAUCUCUUGUUUAAAUCCUCCGCCAUUAAACUGAAAUGGCCAUAAUGUGCUGUGUCUUCAACUCCACUUCUACCAUAUUUGACGUUGCCUUGAAUUAAGUGUGGCAUACAAACCAUGUAAGUUUUUAUGGGCUUUUUAUUGAAUUAAAAAAAUAGAAACUUAAAAGAUUUGGAGUGAUGAGAAAUCCUCCACACCAAAUAAAAAUUAACAUUAGUCUUUAUUUUUGAGAACAUUCUCUGAGGUGUAACUUGUUUUCAUAAGUCAUACUUUUUCUGGCAUUUUUUUUUUACAAUAUAUUCUUUAAAUAUAAAAAUCGACAAGAUAAAUACAAUUUUAUCUAGCCUAUUUGUGGUUUUUCUAAGAUCCAUCAUUGGUUUUAUAAAAAAGUACCAGGCCAGGAAGCAAUGGUGAGAGUAAUUUUCCCUUUGAGUUCUUUGAGCAUCCUCGCUAAGCAGGCGUGUAUCAUCCCCGACGUGCUUCUGCCGUUGACAGCGAGAAGAAUGUCACCACAUCUGAAAAGAUACAGCAUUGUGAUGAGAACUACUUCAAGCCUGAAGCGCCUCAAAGUGGACUUGGGUGGCCCUAGAGCUUGCUAUAUUUGUCCUUUUAGUUCUGAUUUGAUUUUCCCUCUUCCAUAAAUUCUCCAAGCUCCACUCAGCGUGCAUCAGAAGGUAUAGGAAAUUGCAAGGUGGGACCAAGGCCGGUUCUAGUUUUGGAUUUCUCUCUACCUAACUAGUGCUCUCAUGUCUUAAUUUCCCACUCUUUAGGAAAGUAUAAGCUACGCUUUCUUCCAAGUGGGGCCGAGUUUUACAUGUAGAAAGCAAAAUACUUGAAUAUUAGUUUUCUGAGUAAUCAUUACCUAAUUCUUCCAUCAUUGUACGCGGGUGUUCCCUCGACGAUGGAUUUGAUAAAAAAAGGUUGGUUACCACUGUAUUCUUCAUAACCUCCCACAAUGCAGAAGCCCAGGCUUCCCGCUGUGUUCCUUCGUAGUAUCACAUCCUUACAGUUAUAUAAGUACCUGAAACAGAAUGUAAUUAGUGGAUGUACAGUUGAGUUUACUAGUUGUGACUCCUUUCAUUCAUUUUUUUGGGGGGACACUUUUAAAAUGAAAAAUACUGCAUAUGUCUCCAUCAGAAGUGACGGCAACUUUUUAUGCUCUUAGUCAGCUUUUGCAUUUGAUCUCUCUUUUCCAUAGCCAAAUACCCUUUCAACAAAAGGAGUUAGUAUUAUGUUCUGUUCAUGUCUCUGCUGAGAAAAAUGGCCACAUAUUUUGGUUAAGGCGCAGUAAUGAAUGCAUGAGCCAAAAGUUGGAUGUGUCUCAGUACUUCUUAUUCCCCACAGUAGAACAUACUGAGGGAAUAUCAUUUUUAUAUACUUGGGGGCUUACAUAAUUUGUAAAGAAGACAAACAUUCUCUGAAUUAGCGAUUAAUCGCAAGGUCAAUAAUUUUAACUUAUGCUAAUGAACUUAUACUCACACAGACUUAGAGAAGACUAGAGAAAGUGAAUGGAAAUUGGGCCAUAAAAUAGUGGAGCAGUUGUCAGACAGUAAGUGGCAUAGCUGAAGCAGUCAGGGGGAGGGGAAGGAGCACAGCUGGCCCGAGAGCCAGUACAGCCUUCAGCUGGGAUAGCCACGCUGUCAGAGCGAAGUGUGAGCAGCUGCACUACAGUAGACGUCGGAAGAUGGGGUCGCUCUGGGACCCCUUGUCUGCCGCAUGUGUCUAGGAACUGCUUUUGACUGGAAGAUAGUAUUUUUUGUUGUUAGAAUUGAAGAUGUCUUGUUUAUAGACUGUACCUUAAAAUAAUCAGUUGCUUUUUGAUAAUCAAUAAAAAUGAUCUUGUGAAAUAUUAA